ACGAUGUGAGGGAUCUUUUGUUAGACGAUGCAUGAGAAUAUACUUACUUGUCCAAAACGUCUCUCUAACUUUCUGAAAUAGAGACUUCAACAAUCAUGUGACUAAAACUAACCUGUGUUUGUGUCUUUGUCGCCGUGUAGCUGCUGCGUGAGUCCUGACGCAGAGCUGACCCUCCUGGCCUUCGCUCUGGCCAGAGGCAGCGUGGCCAAAGUGCUCCAGGCUCUGUCCUGCAUCAGCGAUCGUCUGGAGGCCGAGUACAAGGCCUCCUCCCUCAUCGUGUCCAUGGCCGCCGUCAGGCUGCGACUACUAAAUCGCAACGGGAAGCCUCUCCAGUUACACCUGCAGGCCUGUGAUGUGAAGAGUAAAGAAGAGAAGUCCGGACCGGAGAACAUGCUCACAGAGUCCUCCACCGGAGACGGUUUUCUCACUGAAAGCGGCAGGAAGAGAGCCAGCGUCAUCCUGUCGACUGAGGACCAGAGUAACUUCCAGGUCACUCAGAUGAAGAUCAAAGUGCGAAAAGGAGCCAUCGGAGCAAAGUGCGGUUUGGUUUUCGCGUACAAGGACGACGACCCUUUUGAUGCAGAGAAACAUUUCAAGAGGUUCAAAAAGUUUGACGCCUGGGACUACAAAGACUACAAAGAGUUUGUGCAGGACAACGUGAAGACGCCGUCGCAGUCAGAGGACGAGCCGAUUGGCUGGUUCGAGCUGGAGGACGACUGGAACGACGUGGAGAUCAAACUGCAGCAGUGUCGCGUCGCAAAGUUCCUGAUGGUGAAGUUCCUGUGCACCAGGCAGGACUCUGCGGAGCGCCUCGGCGUGCAGUCCCUCAGCUUCAGCGGGUACCUGUGUCCCGGCGCCGAGAGGCUCGGAGACCUGGACGACCUCAGUCCGGAGGGAGAGAGCUUCGACGGCGACGCCGUCACCGGCCUCUGUCUGCUCAACAAGACGCUGUUCUUCAUCCAGCAGCUCACACGAGACAUGGUAACUGUUGUAAUCGAUGGGUUAAUCUGCCCGGACAUCGCCAUGACGAGACGCUGCAACUUCUCCUUUUACUGCACUGCUCUGCUCUGUACUAUUGCAUUUCCUUCUAAAAUUUUCCACCUUUUUCUUUAA